AUCUGUUCGAUGAAAGGCCCGAGGAGGAAGAGAAGCUGCGCAGCUUCUUGUAAUUUUUCUUUUAAAAAUGUCUGGAAAAAACGACACCUUUUUUAACCAAAUUUUAAAAAUAAAAAAAAUUAAGAAAAAAGAAAACCAGUAUCCCCAAAACUCACUCACCCACCCACCCUCCAAAACCCAAUUUUCUAUGAUCUCCUCAACCCUAACCCCAAUCUCUCUUGCAAUUAUGCUCGGCUUGUUUGCCAGGCCGUCAGCAUCAAUCAAUAAUAUUUAGAAAUACAGUCUCUCUCGCCAUCAGCUCCGUGAAAGACCUUUUACUUUUCGAUUUUUUUUAUUUUUUAUUUUUCUUUCUUUCAGUUUAUUGCUUUACUUUAUCUUUUAUAAUCCUUCUUUCUCAUGCAGACUUCAGAUUAAUCAUCCUUUAAAAAAAAAAAAAAACUGAAUAUGGUGAUUUGUUUUUAUUAAAUGAAAUCUCAGUAAUAUAUGUGAAGUGCAAUUAUAUCAUUUAUGUUUCCUCUGUCUCAUUUUUUUUCCUUUCACCUAGAUCGAAAGGUUAAUAUUUGGGUUGUCUACUUUCUUAGCGAUUAAUGUCAAUAUUACAGUGUUAUAUUUGUUAAAAAAAUAUUGGUGAGCUCCCUUUGACUAAACCCUCCACAGUCCCCUUUCCACGCGGUCUUUCUGAAUCCGAAGCUGCUUCUGCUGCUGAUAGUUAUUUCUUGUCGAAUGGGUAACGAAGCCCUUCAAAUGAGUCUCCCGCUAGUGCUCUUGACGAUCCUUACAUUCUCAGCUCUUUCAGCAACAGCUUCAGCGAGCGAUCGCAGCUACAAUGUAGGAGAUCAUGUUCCCUUGUUCGUCAACAAAGUUGGCCCCUUGAACAACCCCAGUGAGACCUAUCAAUACUAUGAUUUGCCAUUCUGCUGCCCAGAUCCAGUAAUCCAAAAGAAAGAAUCCAUUGGGGAAGUUUUGAAUGGUGAUCGUUUGGCCAACACCUUAUAUCAGUUGAAUUUCAGGCAGGACAAAAAUGGGGAGAGCUUGUGCCAGAAAAAGCUUAAAGUUGCUGAAGUUGCGAAAUUUAGGGAUGCUAUUGUUAAUGAUUUUUACUUCCAGAUGUAUUAUGAUGAUCUUCCAGUGUGGGGGUUCAUUGGGAAAGUUGAAGAUGAGAGUUGGACUAUUAGUGACAAGGGGACCAAGUAUUAUCUAUUCAAACAUGUGCUGUUUGAUGUUUUUUACAAUGGGAACCAAAUAAUAGAAAUACGUGCUUUUAGUGAUCCAAAUCAUGUUGCUGAUAUAACAGAAGAUGUUGAUAUUGACGUUGAGUUCACUUAUUCGGUUAAAUGGAAUGCAACAUCUAUUCAGUUCCAGAACAGGAUGGACAGAUACUCAAAGGCCUCAUUACUGCCAGUCCGCCUGAAAAUUCAUUGGUUCUCAUUUAUUAACUCCAUUGUCAUCAUUGUGCUUUUGAUGGGAUUGCUUACCUUGCUAAUAAUGCGACGCCUCAAGAAUGACCUGAGAAAGUGCUCUAAUGAUGAAGAAGAAGACAAGGAGGUUGGUUGGAAAUACAUUCACGGUGAUGUUUUCAGAUAUCCAUCCAACAUGCCCCUGUUUUGUGCUGUCUUGGGUGUGGGUACCCAACUGCUCAUCAUGGUCUGCAUCUUAUUUUUUCUGUCAUUUUUUGGAGUCCUCUAUCCCUACAAUCGUGGAGCUCUGUUCACUUCUCUUGUCUUUAUAUGUACUCUUACCUCAAUUGUCGCUGGAUACACUGCUGCUGCUUUCCACACUCAAUUUUCUGUAAUUGGAUGGGAGAGGAGUGUUCUUCUAACAGCGAUUCUCUACCUGGGCCCAUUGUUUGUGACAUCGUCUAUCCUUAAUACAGUUGCUAUAUCUUAUGGGGCAACAGCUGCAAUACCUUUUGGCACCCUCCUAGCAAUUCUUCUUAUAUAUGCAUUUCUUGCCAUUCCAUUGCUUGCCUUAGGUGGGGUGAUUGGAUAUUGUUUAAGGUCUGAAUUUCAAGCACCUUGUGCUACAAAGCAAUUUCCAAGAGAGAUCCAACGAUUAGCUUGGUACAGGAGAACACAUUGUCAAAUGUUUAUCGGUGGUCUAUUGCCGUUUAGUGCAAUUGCCCUUCAGUUACACCACCUGUAUGCAAGCAUGUGGGGCUAUAAAAUUUACACUCUACCUGGAAUUUUGUUUCUUACGUUCAUCAUCCUCAUCAUAAUGACUUCAAUCUUGACUGUCGGUUUGACAUACAUUCAGCUUUCUGUUGAAGACCAUGAAUGGUGGUGGAGGUCAGUGUUGUCUGGGGGUUCAACGGCUAUUUUUAUGUUUGCCUAUAGCAUUUACUUCUAUGCCAGAUCAAACAUGACGGGUUUCAUGCAACUAUCCUUCUUUAUUGGCUAUAAUGCUUGCAUGUGUUAUGCGUUCUUCUUAAUGCUUGGUGCCAUUAGUUUCCGUGUUUCCUUGAUAUUUGUUCGCCAUAUAUACGGUGCUGUUAAAAGUGAAUGAACAAAUCCGGCCUUAAUGCCCAAUCUGCUUCUCAUUGCCUCACUCUUGCUCAGGAAAUGCAUGUGUAGUGAAUUAGAUUUGUAACAUCCAUGAUUGAAGAAAUCGAAACCGCGAUAUAGAAGUUGGAAACUGUGUUUCUCAAUGUAUUCGUUUGUAAUGCAGUUUUUAGAUGCUGACAAGUUGGCUUGAGUCCUGUUGUUGGCCUGUUGUUUUUGAAUGAUUAUGCAGCAUGCCUUAAUUGCUCUUGCAAAACCCGGAAAAAAGAGAAGAAGAAGAAAAGAAAAUAUCAUGUUUGGCUUUCAGAAUUAAUGAAGAUUCUUCUCUAUCUUUA